AUGACAAUAGAUGAUAAUAUAAAUGAAACUAAUGAUGCUGAUAUUUCCUUAAAAACAAAAGUAUCUAAAAAUAAUGAGGCUGAAAAAAAAAAAAAAGACAGUGAUACACAAAAAAAUGAAUAUGAUAAUACUUGUGAGCAAAGAGAAAAAAGAGAUAGAAGUUCAUCUAGAGAUUCUUUUAAACCAGAAAAAAAAAAGAUAUGUUGUUGCCAUGAAACAAACAGUGCAAAAUGUUCUAAAUAUGAAAAGAAUAAUUCAAAUACAAAAAAUAAAAAUGUAGAUUCAUUAAGUACUGCUUCUACAGGAAUUAAUGAGUUUGUAAAUAAUUCAAAAAAUAUUAAUGAACCAUUUAAAUUUUUUAUUGGUGGUAUUCCACAAAAUAUCACAAAUAAAGAUAUAAUAGAAUAUUUCGAAAAAUAUGGAACUGUGCAAAAUGUCGUUAUUGCACAAGAUCAUGAAACAAAAAGAAAUAGAGGAUUUGCAUUUGUAACAAUGUUAUCACAAAUUAACAAAGAAAGAAUUUUAAGAGAUGCACAUGAAUUAAACGGUAAAAGGGUAGAUGUUCGAGAGGAACACAAUACUACUCCAUCUGAUAUUCAAAGAAAAAUAUUCGUAGGAGGAUUAAACUAUUACUGGACUAAAGAUACAUUAGAAAAUUAUUUUUCAACCUUUGGAGAUAUCGAUGUCGUUCAAAUUGUAGUAGAUUCUAGUGGUAGAUCUCGAUGUUUUGGUUUUGUAGUUUUCGCUAAUGAAAAUUCGGUUGCAAAAGUUUUGAAGCAUAAAAGACACAAAAUUUAUGAUAAAAUGGUGGAAGUUAGAAAAGCAGAACCCAAAAAGCCUAAAAUGGCCAUGAAACGACAAAAUACUAAAACUUAUCCAAAGUAUCCUCACCAUAUUCCUUUCAUGACCCCAUUCCCCUGUAAUAAAGAGACUAUGGCUCAAUGGGCUAAUUUCAUGUAUAAUACUUGUGGAGUUCCGUUUUUAUUUAAUCAAAGAUUUCAAAAUAUUCCUGAUUUUUAUCCAAAUUAUAAUUAUUAUCCAAAUUCAAUGGAAAAUUUACAGCAAUCAGAAUAUAAUAAUUAA